AUGGGUUCUGAUGUGACUCUGUGCUGUCGAUCUGACAAACUGCCCAAAGUACUGGACUGGAGAACUCUAACCGUCGAGUGGAAAAUGGUGGAUAAACAUUCAACCAAGAAAACCAUGUACACAUUCGUAGACGGGGCGGCACAUGUGACCAGAGAAGGAGCCGUAGUAGAUGAACUGAAUCUGCUGCGAGGCGACGCGUCUCUGCAGCUUCGUAAUGUGACUCUGGCAGAUGACGGCGAAUACACCUGCAGGGUCAUCACACCAGUGGUUGACACCUUCUCCACCACCCUGGAGGUCCUGGCUCGGCCUUCGGUGUCACUUCCAGAGGAGGUGGCGGUUCCAGAAGGGGAGGAGAAGAUGAUACAGUGCGACAUCCGAGGUUUUUAUCCACAGAAACUGACGGUGACGUGGCACAUCCAAAACGCCUCCCACACUACCCACGCCGGCGCCAACAAGCUCUACAGAGUCUGCACUGAAAUGGCAGCGCACAACUCUGACGGCACAUACAGCAUUCGCAGCGGCAUCACCCUGCCCUCGUCGGCCAUGGAAAACAGAGAGAUUCGACUCAUCUGCCAGGUGGAACACCAGACCUACAUCAGCCCUUACAGAAGAACUGUAACUCUGACUGUUCAAGCUCCAUCACAGCUUCAGUUCAGCAUCGUCAAACUCGUCGCCGUCACUAGUGUUGUCAGUUUGCUGCUCGUCGUGUCAGUCAUCGGAGGAGCUUUGCUUCUCUACAGAUAUUUCUGUAGAAAGGCGAAGUGGGACGUUCCUCCCAUCAUCUCUGAAAUCAGCCAACCCAGCGUGGUACUUGCUCGGGUAGAAAACGAGCUGAAAUGUAGCAUCAGGGGAGCGGGACAUGCAGACCUGACGGUCAGGUGGUACAAGCUGGGACACGGUGACGACCCCGAGGCCCAGACCGAAGACACCGCCCUGUUAGACAGAACGGACGUGAGUGAACAGGCCCGACUGGAGUCCGACGGCAGACGCCACAUGUCCAUCCUGAGUGUGUGUUUGACCAUCACUGAGGACAGAACCAGGUACCAGUGUGAGGUCCAGUGGAGACAGGAGACGAUCAUCAGAGAGACCACAGUCCGGGUCAACGAGGAGCCGUCUUUCCUCCAGAUCACCAGCAUCCCUCAGAUCCCCAGGGUGGAGCGUCUGCUGGUUCUGUGCUGUCGGGUGGAGAACUUCUACCCACAGGACGUACACCUGGAGUGGUCGAGGAAUGACGGUGAGAAGGUCGGCAAGGUCAUGCACUUUGGGCCAUUCUCUGACCACAGCCGUCACUACAGCAUGUGGAGUAAGAUCCAGCUGACCAUGGCCCGAGAGGAUGAGAGGGCAGUCUACACCUGCCGGGUUUACCAUCCCAGUUACCCCAGUCCGGGAUUCAAGGACGUCUGCUACCAUAUCAACACUCAAGGAACGCCUCCUGACGUCAUGUUCAUCAACUGUGAGCCUCCAGAGCCUCAGCUGAAUGAGGAGUGUACACUUCACCUGUGCAUCAAAGACUUCUGUCCUGAAACAGUGACGGUAACAUGGACUAAAGAUGGUGAACUGGUUCAGUCCGGGGUCUUCAACACCCCCCCGAGCCUCAACACCAACGGCCUCUACUCCAUGUUCAGCUUCCUCAAAUUCAGCCCUGAUAAGGACGACUGCGGAUCCAUGUUCAGGUGUCAAGUCGAGCACAGUGCUCAGAAGGAGCUGGAGCAGAGGGAGUUCAUACUGACACCGCUGAUCCGGACCCAGACCCAGUAUUCAAGAUGA